AUGGGUAAACCAGGUUUUUCACCAGCUGGAGGCGGCGGUGGCGGUUUUAGAGGACGAGGAGGCGGUAGCGGAGGCCGUGGAGGCUUCGGCGGUGGUCGGGGAACUCCACGUGGAGGAAGUGGCGGUAGAGGAGGUUUUGGCGGACGUGGUGGAGGAGGUCGUGGUGGAUCUGGUGGCGGUGGUGGACGAGGAACACCACGAGGUAGAGGAGGACGUGGAGGAGGUCGCGGAGGUAGAGGAGGAGGAGGAGGUGGAUUCAAAGGCGGAAAGACAGUCGUCGUCGAGCCUCAUCGUCACGAAGGUGUAUUCAUCGCUCGAGGCAAGGAAGAUGCGCUAGUUACCCUAAACUUGGUACCUGGAUCUGAAGUCUAUGGCGAAAAAAGAAUCAGUGUUGAUGGUGAAAAUGGAGAAAAAAUUGAGUACAGAGUAUGGAAUCCAUUCAGAUCAAAGUUGGCCGCUGCGAUUCUUGGUGGAGUUGAUCAAAUUCACAUGCCACCUGGAAGCAAAGUUUUAUACUUAGGAGCCGCUUCUGGAACAACUGUUUCUCACGUCGCUGAUAUUGUUGGACCGGCCAGUUGUAUAGACUCUACCGCUCAACCAGAAGCAGUAUUUCAAGCAGAAGUAAAUAAACUUGUCGCCGAUAAAUUGAAACCUCAAGAGCAAAUCACUCUUGAACCAUACGAAAGAGACCACGCGGUUGUUGUCGGUGUUUUUAGGCCACCACCUAAAAAUGCCGCUUGA